CAUGACAAUUACAUAAGCCCUGGUUCGGGCUAAAAAGAGUGCAGUAAAGGUUAUCGAUCAAGCUCAGAAUUUUAAGUUCAGCAAAUCUGAUAAUUAUUUUUACCUGGAAAUACACCUUGAUUAUCUUCCUGUUCGGAUCAGGCAGGACAAUGUCACUCCUCAAGCGGAAGACCCCUUCGCAAAAGGAGCUGGACCAGCUCUGGUCCAACCUCACGUUCGGAACGUCUCAUCGCAACCGCCAGAUUUCUGAUGCCGUGAUGGCGUCGGGGUUCCACCUCUGCGACCAACGCCGCGAGGUUGCGGUGCACGCCGAGAGCGAAGUUCAGUUCCAGCUCCAUCAACGUUUGCAGGACAUGUCGCUCUGGGUGGCAGAGUUCACUCGGAAAUCGGAAGAGGUCACGGCCCAAGUGGAACGGGUCAAAGGUUAUGCUGACAGAGUCAAAAAUGCGGCAAAAGCAGUCGCACCGAUUUUAACCGUGGACUGGGACGUGUUCAAAAUGAGGGAAGCCCGCAUCGGAGUUGACCUCGUGGCUGACGACCCGCACAAGGCGUUGCUGUUCGAAGUGGGCAUCUUGGAGGGGGAGGAACAGCGCCUGAUUGUCCUGCACCUUCGUGUCGAGGAGUGCCUGCGCCUCUUGCGAAGGAUGGGCUACGUGCUGGGCAAAGAGUUGGACGACCGGAAAUUGACGGUCCAAAUUGACCACACCGCCCUCGCGCUGGACGCACAUUCCAGCCUAGUCGUUGCCCACAAUGGGGGUCAGAUUGGUGGGGAUGAGUCGAAGGGAAUGGCAGAGGCCAAGUCAGGGCGAGGUAGCACAAGGAACCCCCUCCUGCCCACGCUGGAGAACGAGCAGACCUGGGAAUCACUUUCCUGGAAACAUUGCGCCGCGGCAGAAAAAUUGCUCAAAGACGCCGACGCGCUUCUCGUCCUGGUCGAAAGCACGCUCCAGUCGAGCUGCGAGCGAAUCCAGACCGCCGUUUGCGACACGAACGCCGCAUUUGAGGCACGACUCAUCGCUCUCCGCAGGCUCAAAUGUCACCUUGAAGAGGAACAUGAACAGAUUUCCAUCAACAUUCGCAACAUGGAGGACACGCUGGACAAGGUUAAAAAAUCCAUCGUGGAAAAGGAAGCCUCCCUCGCGCUGGCAAUGAGAAGAAUUGCGCUGAGAGCAACGCGACCGAAUCUCGAGCUUGUAAAAGAUCAAGUCCAGAAAGGGUUAGAACUUGAGGUGACAUCGCUGCAAAAUUCGGUGGUUCUGCUUCAACAGCAAUUCGCCGCGACACAACGGAGCCUUCGCGCCCUGCUCGCAAGUCAACUUCGCCUCGAGGAGGAAAUCAAUGUCAAAAUGCAAAGUUUGGCAGUGGACGAGGCGAAUGUGCUCCCGGCCAGAAAGACGAUCAGUGUUCGUUUGUACUGAUGACAAUGCAUUUAAUGUAGAUAUUUAGGUAUUCGUUUAUUUACGUACAUAUGUGUGUGUAUUAUUAA